AUAAUCAAUGAGUGUUCUUUAUUCCUCAAGACUUUAUCUUGAGAAGUGAGCUCUAUAUAUGCAGAGAGAGUAUCAGGCAGGUUAUAAUAUAGGGAAUUAAAGCCACGAUUUUUCUCUAAUAUAUUUGAUUUAGCAUCUAUUAAUAUUAAUUCAUGGCUAUUAGAAGUUUUCUUUGUUAUUUUCUUGUAUUUUUAUUUUGGCAUUUGAAUGAAUUACGUGUUUAUGGAGCGAAAGAGGUGAUAAAUCAUCUCAAUGCUUCUCCACCACCUGUUUCCAAGUGCUCUGCUUCCCCUCAUGGAUUUGCAGGUGGAUCUCAGGGCUUAAGGGUAACCUACAAGGGUGGUCCCUGCUCACCCCUUGGGAAUCCUCGCCAAAUUCUCAUCCUAGACCAAUCCAGAGUCGACUCUAUCAAUUCCUUUAACUCGAAGACUUAUGUUUUAUCUGAUCUUAAGGCAACAAAUUUGGAUUCCUCCAUUAAAGGCAGCCCAUUAGAUGCUGGCGUUUUUUUUGUUCAAGUUGGUUUUGGCACCCCACAGCAAAACUUCGACUUGUUGCUUGACACUGGAAGUAAUACAACCUGGGUACAAAGCAAGCCAUGUUCAACCUGCAAAAAUGGAAAUAAAAUCUUCCAUCCUUCUGCCUCUUCUACCUUUUCCAAUCAUUCUUGCAUAAUUCCUCCUGGAGAAUCUCAUUACAAAAUAUACUAUGGAGACCAUUCUUAUUCUGAGGGAUACUAUGGCUGUGACACCAUUACCAUGUCUCGCACUCUAGUGUACCCUAACUUUCGUUUUGGUUGUGGCCAAAAUCCCAACGAAAAAUUCAGUGGUGCAUCUGGGGUUUUAGGUCUGACCUCAGAUGGUGAUGCAAUGAAAAGUUUUGGGAAAAUCUUUUGUUACUGCCUGCCACCCAAAGAACACUCUCAAGGUUAUCUUCACUUUGAACGAGACGCACAGAGCAAAUGCAGAACUGACAAGUCUAUACGUCUUUUGGCUAAAAGAUACUACUUUGUCAAUCUUAUUGGUAUAAGUGUAGGCCAUAUAAGAUUGGAGAUUUCUUCAAGCUUUCCUUCACAUCCAAGCACUAUAAUAGACUCCGGAACUGUCAUCACUCGGCUUCCUUCAUCGAUCUAUACUCAGCUUAGCUCUUCAUUUAAUAAAUUCAUGUCACAGUACCCUCCAGCAAAAGCAGUUGAAACUUUGGACACAUGCUACAACCUUGAGGGAUUCAAAAACCCAACAAUACCCCAGGUGGUACUGCAUUUUGAAAAUUCAAAUGACAUAACAUUGGACACAGACACAGUUCUUUAUAAAGGUGAUGAAGAUACUGUUUUUUGCUUGGCAUUUGCUGCAAAGGGAAAGCAAAGUGACCUCAAUAUUAUCGGCAGUCAUCAACAAAGAAAGCUGAACAUUUUGUAUGAUCUCCAAAAUGGAAAAUUAGGAUUUGGGAUGGGUAAUUGUAACCAUUAAUUGAUGACAAUAUCUAGAUGCAAAAUCACAAUAUUUACUUCUUGAAUUAAACGAAAUGUAUCAAUUUUCUUCUAAUUUUGAUAAUCAAGGGAUGAGGAUUAUAAUUAUUAUCAUUGCUCAUCUCAUUUUAAAAAAGCUACUAGAUUUUCUGAGGCUACCAAGCAGGUUUUGCCCUACAAUUCUAAA